UACAUCACUCUAUGGCAUGUGCUUUUGCGGGGAAGCUAUGGAUGAGCUUUAAACAAGCUCGUCGCACAAGCUGCGAGACUUCUGUCACUCUUUGGCAAUCCCUCAGUUCAUCAUGGCGUCCGGACUUUUCUCCAGAGGGUCCAGCCAACCGACUAGCACUCCUGAUGCUCGCAUUCAAUUUGGUGAAGAGCGACCCCAUGACAUUUACCUGAACAGCACUCCACCCGCCGCUCAGCAGGCGUACACAUAUGUCGACAAGACACACUCAAAGACACACGUUCAUACCGCCUCGUUGUUUGACGUUGGUAUCUUGAAGGACACUUUGGCACCUUCACUGACUCUCCACUCUGGUCUCGCUGUCAUUGCGUACGGCAUCUCACGAUACACCCAACGCGUUGAGGUCAAGGACUGGCUCUGGCCCAGCGGACAGGUUGCCAAUGCCUGGUGGUCUGCCAUCGGUCGACGUCUUGCUGCAGGCUUGACACUCACACAAGCUCUCCAUCGUCUUUCGUGGCAUGAACGCGUUGUUUUGACCGGCGUGACACUCUGGGGAGGCCGGCUCUUCUAUCGUGUUGUCCGUCGCUCCAUCCAGCGCGGCGAAGACGAUCCACGCUAUGCUGAAGUCAAGCAAGAGGAAGGCUUCUGGAACUCGGCUUUGUUCAAGAUCUUCAUUCCGGAGGCUUUCUUCCAGAUGCUCAUCAGCUUGCCAUUCACGGCACCAUUCAGGCACGAAGGUGCUGUCAUGAUAGGAUACCACCCAAUCAUCCAGAUGGCGGCUGUCGGUCUCUUCUCUUCUGGCCUCGCAUUGGAAACUCUAGCAGACUACCAGCUUGACCAGUACAAGGCGGAAGGCGGACGCGGUAUUCUUCGUGAAGGCGUCUGGAGCCUUGUUCGCAACCCGAACUAUCUUGGUGACGCACUUGUCCAUAUCUCCUUCAUCGUCAUGCUUUACGGCAGUGAUAUGCUCGCGCCCAUCGAACUUCUCGGACCCAUCGCCAACUACUGCUUCCUCCGCUUCUUUGGUGGCGACAACCAGAAAGAGCGGUCACAAGUACGUCGGUACUCUGCUUCUCAGCCCGACAAGUUCGCCGAGCUGCAGAAGUUCCGUGCAGACAAGAAUGCAUUCUGGCCAAGUAUGGACGAGCUUAGCAAUAAGUGGCUGUGGACAGUUCUGGGUAUUGGAGGACUCGGCGUUGCGAUCGAGCAGACACUCAGGACGCUGCACUAGGCUGAGCUUGGUGAAGAGGUAGUAUGCAAUGCUUGCUAGUAUCGUACUUGCAGCUGUAUCGUGCCUUCGCUUGCAUGUUGAACGCAUGAGCUUUUCAUUCCUUUUCUUUUCAACAAUCAUGAACAAAAACCCAUUACAUAUCGAAACAAUCAAUGCAUUAAAAAAAGAA